UUGACAGAGUCAACAAUGAUCGGGGAAGAGGCGGGAGUCAUGGAGUAUGUCCACCUUCGCGGUGUGGAGAUAAUACAGCAGAUCCAGCACACAUUUAGGCACCAUGUAGACCUGAUGCAGUUUCUGACACGCGUCGGAGAUCCUAGAUAUGCUUUCCUUAUUUAUUUUCCUCUGGCCUACUGUUUUCAUCGCUCCACUGGAACUAGGGUUUUGUGGAUUGCUUGUUUGUCUGAGUGGCUGAAUGGGGUGCUAAAAUGGAUCUUGCAUGGAGAGAGACCGUAUUGGUGGGUGAAUGAAGUCAGACUACAUGACCAUGUUGUGAAUGUCCCGUCCCUGGAACAGUUCAGUCUCACCUGUGAAACCGGGCCAGGCAGUCCUUCAGGUCAUACAAUGGUAACUUCUGCAGUUCUGUACUCCAUUGGAACAUCCUUCAUUAAACAUGGGGUAAAACACACAGGAAAACUGGAGCGUUCCCUAGUAUGGAUAUCAUUUACAAUAGUACUUAUAGCAGUCAAUAUAUCCAGGCUAUUUAUUGCAACACAUUUCCCACACCAGGUUGUUGCAGGUUCAAUCACAGGCAUUCUCCUGUCAGAGGUUGUAAAACAUGAACACACUAGUCAUCUCUCAUUUCAUCACUACAUUGUCUGGAGUCUGCUCCUGGUGUCUGGAGUAGUUCUGACUUAUACAGGAAUCAUCCUCCUUGGUCUGGAUCCUCUUUGGAGUCUGGAUCUUGCCAAGAAGUGGUGUGCUAAGUCAGAGUGGGUCCAUCCUGAUACUACACCUUUCUUUGCUUUUGUGAGAGAUGUGUCAUCUCUUAUAGGUUUUGGUGCUGGUGUUUUAUUAAGUGGGAAUCCAAAAAAUUCGAAAGAGUUGAGUAUGGGCCAAAAACUGGUGCAUCUUGUGAUGUCUCUUUUAUUGACCUUGGCUGUAGAAAACAUCAAAAUCUCUUCGUCUUCAGCAAUGUUUUAUGUUUUUGGAUUUCUGAAAUUCACAACAAUGAUGAUCGGGAUUGUUUAUAUUAUACCACAACUUCUAAGUAGAAAUAAAGUUGAUUGAUUGUAAAAA